AUGGAAGUCACUCUCAUCGUGACAGAAGAUGAUGGACCAAAACCUGGAAAGCCAUUGCUUCCUCAGCUCGAAGCGAUUGCCGCGACAUCCGCUCCAUCAACAAUCCUGAUUCAUUCUGGGGACGCCUUUGACAUAUCUUUCGAUUAUGACACAUUUACCAACACCCGCCCUUCCACCGUGUACUAUGGGACAUCUCCAGACAAUACCCCGCUACCUUCCUGGGUGGGAUUUGACCAGUCAAAUCUUCGAUUUUCAGGUGUUGCACCUAAUACUGGGCCUCAAACUUUCGCUUUUAGCCUUGUCGCCUCAGAUGUGGCUGGUUUCAGCGCAGCCGCCAUGAAUUUUGAUAUGACUGUCAGCCCGCAUAUUCUCUCAUUCAACCAAAGCGUGCAGACUUUCUUCGUUAGCAGAGGAGAGCAGUUUACCAGCCCUCGGUUCAAGGAGGCGUUGAGAUUAGAUGGGCGAGAACCGGCAAAUGCUGAUUUGACUGAUAUCCAAACAGACUCUCCUUCUUGGAUAGAGUUUGACAACACUACUCUCUCAUUCACAGGGACUCCACCGGUUGGUGUGGCGGAUGAAAAUAUCACUAUUUCCGUCACAGAUAGGUAUCAAGAUAUAGCAAGGCUUAUCGUUAGUCUGCAAUACUCCCAAUUCUUUCACGAUAUAGCUGAAUGCGAUGCGGUCGUCGGAAGCUACUUCUAUUUUGUUUUUGACAAUACAGUCCUGACCAAUGAUUCCGUUCAACUUGAAGUCGACCUGGGAACUCAGCUCCCAUGGCUGCAGUACAAUUCCGAUAACAAAACUCUUUACGGCCUUGUUCCAGCUGAUUUCAGCCCGAACAAAUAUACAGUCAAGCUUUCCGCUCAUGAGGGGACCGCGGAAGAUACCAAGAAAUUUGCAAUUAAUAUCUUGGACAAAGCAAAUUCUCCUGGUCAAGGGGCAGACAAGCCCGGAGGCUCUGAGGGAAUCCAUGGAAAGAAAGCCGGAAUAAUUGCUAUUUCGGUCGUAAUUCCUUUUGCCUUUUUAAUGAGUCUUUUGCUUCUUUUUUGUUGCUGGCGCCGCAAGCGCAGGACACAUGAAGAAGAACAGCUGUCGAAGGAGAAAGCACCAGACUCAAAUGGCUCAGAGCUACCAUGUUGUCAGCCUUCUGAAGAAACCACCCAAUACAAUCUCUCUAAACUGACCAGAGAUUCCCCGGAACUAGCCUCGAACCCACCAAAACUGGAACUAGGGCCUUUGUGGGACACAAGUCCCUUGGACGGCGGUGAACAGGGACGACCUAUCGAAGGCAGGACAAACACACUUUCCGCUUCGACCAUUGAUUGGGAUAUCGCACCAUUAAAAGUAUCUGAACCGGAAAAGGAGAAACAGGUCGACGAUAUUGCCAUUCCACCUAAGCGGCUGUCGUUCCAGAACAGUCCGCCUAUGCGCAGGCGAACUACCACUAAUUCACGAAAGCGAGAACCUCUCAAACCAAUCCAACCAAGGAGAUCGUUGAAGCGAAACUCGGUGCACUCAUCCAAAUCAAAAAGGUACUCCAAACGUUCUAGUGGGAUAUCAUCUGUUUCAUCAGGACUUCCCGUAAGGCUUAGCGGUGCAGGGCACGGUGCCGGUGGCUUCGGACCUCCUGGACAUGGAGUAGUCAGAGUGUCAUGGCAAAAUACGCAUGCAUCUUUCCAAAGCGACGAAAGCGGCGUUGGGAAUCUAGCACCUUUGUUUCCUCGGCCCCCACCUCGCGCAAGAGGUAGUGUAGAGCUUUCAAAGCGGAUGAGCUUACGAACUGUUGAGCCUGACACACUGACAAUUUCGGAGGCUGAUUCUUUGGAGGCCUUCGUUCACAGUAGGGCGAAGAACCGAAACUCGUCCAACCCCAUGUUCUCCGGUCAGUUUGGCCGCAGAACAUCUUCAGGUCUUCGUGCGCUGGAAAGAGCUCGAAGCACAGCUAGCCGCACUGAUACUUUGUAUAGCUCCAGUUGCUAUGAUGACUACAGACGAUCCAUACAUGAACGUCCGUGGUCUACGGCAAUGUCUGCCUCUAUCUAUACGGAUGACAACCGACAGUCUACGUAUUUAGAAUCUCUGUCCGAAGAAUCCCUGAAUGUACGGCCAGUGGCUUCAAUGGCCAGAGGACUGAGCCAAUCAAGCCUGGCCCAGAACUACUCGGAGGCAAUAGGACCGCUUCCUCGGUUGCUCAGCGAAAUAAGCCUUGCCAGUGCGCGGCACGCUGAGUCGCAUGAAGUGCACGACGACUUAGGGGAAAAGAUACUACAUGAAUCGUUGAAUGCUUCUGACUCGGGGGUGUUUUAUGGGAUACCUACUCCGACCACUUUUACUCUGGUCUUUUCCCACCUCUUUUCAAUUGCACUGCGACUGUCUAUAUUUGAGUUACUCUACUUGCCCUUUGAUUCGGUCAUAGUCAUGGCGGCGCAGGCGGCUCUCAUCGCCGAUACAAUCGUUGGUAUGAAAAGGGCUUUACGUAAAGAAAAUGACUUCUCAGGCCCGGAUGAUCCUAUCGCUCAGCCGACAAACCGAGGCAACAAGCUACGGACAAACGCUAAACAUGUGCGGGAGGGCGCGCUGGGGUAUAUCCAGCCGGAAGACCUUUAUAAGCAGAAAAUUGAUCAUGCUGGGUACACUCGCUAUAUUCUACAGCCCAAUCCGGUGCGCUACGACUCUGAGGGGGAUGAGCUAGACGAGGAUGAUGAAGACUCUGAGGCAGAUGCCGCUGCGGCGGAAGAGAAUCCAUUUUCUGAGAUCGUAUUAGAGAAUUUCCUGUGCCCAUUAAAACAUCCAUCGGAAUUACCUACCCACCCUUCCUUGUCCCAUGCCUAUACAUCAAAUGCUCUCUCGAACAUGACCAAGGCCAUUGAGGCUAAACUACGCCAGGAAAGGACGCUUUUAUGGCGUGCGCGGAACCUCCACAGACUGUUCCUUGGCGAUAGCUCUUGGAUGCCAUGUGGAACAGUUGAAACUCCCGAAGACAGAUGGAUCUUUGAGCCUCGGCUUGUCACCCCGGGCCACAAAUCUCCAGUCGGCCCAAAUGAACAGACCGGAGUUCCCAGUCCGACGAGAGUAGAAAUGACAGGUCGUAGCCAUGGGUCACAUAAUUUUGUUCCAAUUGUCAGGACAUCAAAUGAGGCCCAGACAGCGGAAAGUAAGGACACCCAAAGUUCCCAUGCUGCAGAACAAAACAUUGAAAUGGCUGGUGUUCACAAUCAUGAGAUGGAGGGUGGUGGCCCUACGAAUAACCAUGAGCAGACAAGAGAGCUCAAGUCCGAAGAGGUUGAGACUCCCGUUGGAAACCUUCCCCAGCAUCUAGACAUUGUUGAAGGGACCACCAGUGAAGCAGUGAACUCACACUUGGAACGCAGUCAAAUAUCAGACGGCGAUGGGCUCCAUGGAAACAGAAAAGGAAUUGCGAAUGAUCGAACUGACUCAGGAAACGAGAACAUCGAUACGGCCUAUGAGGGUCCCGGAAAUGUCCAUGGUGAUGAAACGGACAAAGAUGAAGAGAUGCAAGACGGGUUCUCCCCCGAGCCACCUCGACGGAUGACGACUCGAGCUCAGGCUAAUGCAGCAAAUCCACAAGAGGAUGAAUCAGAUCACUUCCUAUCAUCUCCUUCCUCUGACACCCUCAGCUCACUUCCUAUACCACACCCUCUCUUUCUCGUGCCUGACUCUAUCCGUUCAGAUCCCAAUCUUGGUCUGUCGUCCAUGGAAGCCGAAGAUACACGACGACUCCUGUGGUCAUAUGUGCAGAAACAGGAGGAGACUGUUAGGGGAUUCGAGCACAUGUUGGAAUGCCUGCUUCGAGCUUGUCGUAUGAAAGAUGAUGUGCUCGAGUGGUGCAAAGCGGAAGGCCAUGUGGGCGAAAUGAGUGACGGAGAAGACUGGUAUGACAGAGAAAGAUGGGGACUGGCGGAAGGCGAAGACCUCAAGAAGGGCGCGGACGAGGAUGAGAUUGAGAUGGUCGAGGAAAGCCGCGCUUCAAACAAAAGAGGCAGAGGCCGGCGAGCAUAG